UUAAGCAAUGUAUGUAACUUUAGAAAACAAACUCAAAUGUUUCAUAUACCCCACUGAUGCGUAAGUUUCGUUUUUUCAGGUAGCGUUGCAAACACGACAGGGGACGUGUUAUUUACAUUGGACUGUUUUCUAAUUUUAUAAUAUCCCUAAUGUUUGUAAAUUUCGGAUUAAUACCACUGAGACCUGGAUUUGUUUUGAUGUUCUAAUGAAGAAACUUUAACGCUGUGUGUUUCAAUAUUUACUCUAUAGUCAUUUUAAUAACAGAAGUUUUGGAUCUCUUCAGACUCGAGUCUUACUCUGAAGACUGAAGUUGACGAAGUUACUCUAUUAUUGAGUAGUAGUACUGUGUACUAUAGGUUACGGUGAUUACUGACAAUACUGUUACUAAUAAUAGUGAUUGUAACAGAAGAGUUUGAUUUAACUAAAAUGUUAAAGAGGUUAAGAGAAAAAGUAGUAGAAGAAGUUCGCCAGUUCCCAAAUGUGCCAUUCCCCAUUCAGACUCGGGGUAAUGGAGAGCCCACCAACAAACUUGCUGUUGACACUUCAAAAGGAAAUGAUUUAAUCAACUUUGGUGAAGGCUUAACCAAUUCAACAAGCAACAGUACACCUUUAAGGCCAAUUCCUGAUCAAUUCAGCAUCACAGAUGAGAAAGAUGAAACCCCUAGUGAACCAAGCACCCCUCAUAAAUUACAGGCUGAUCUCUCAUCAGAUUCUGAAAUAUUUACAACACCUCAGUCUACGCCAGUAUCAAUUCCAACAUUACAAGCAUCUUCCAGUGAACAGAUACAAAGACGACCAUCUUUAUAUGGAGAAGCUCAGCAAAUACAGCCAAACUUCAUUUAUCAAACUUCUAGGCCCCACUAUAUGCCGCAAUCUGAUAUUGAAAGUGAAGUGGAACCUGAUAUUUCUACUCUUAACUUGGAUGGUGUUUCUAAAGAGCAGCUAUAUGCAGCCAUUCAUAAGGUCCAAGCACGUCUCCAAAAAUACAGAAAUAAGUAUACCGAAUUAGUUAAAGCUUACAGAGGUGUUGAUGCUGAAAAAGAAAAGAUAAAGAAUGCACUCGCUGAAAGUCAAGACAAGGCACUGCGAAGAAUUGGUGAGCUUCGAGAACAGUGUCAACUAGAACAACAAGCCAAAGCUCAUCUUGAACAGAACCUCCGUCUCAUUUUAGAAGAAAAGGAAGAUAUGAUCAAAGUUAUGGAGAUGAAGAUCAAACUUUUAAAAGAAGGAGGGAACCUAGAGACUUUUGAAACAAAUCAAACUAAACAAACCACUUUGCAGCUUGAGCUCUCUGCUGAAAGUCCAGAAAAAAUGCCAACUGUUGAACAACCAAUUAUAAGACCAGAAGAAUCCCCAGAACUACAGACAUUGAAAGAAAAGAAUAAAAGAUUGGAGGUAUUGUUGAUGAAGUGUAAAGAUACCAUCAAAAGCAACAAGGAAAGGAUCAUACAACUGCAAAAAGAAACAGAUGUGCUAUUUAAUCAGGUUGAAGAAAAAACGAACGAACUGCAACAUGUUCAGGAAAAAGAAGCAGAGAUCCAAGCAGGACUCAGAGAGGAAUUGCAAGAAAUGUCUGAAAUGGUAGAAAAACUAAAAAAACAGCAGGAAGAAUCAUCUAUGGCUAUGGCAGAGACAAAACGAAACAUGCAUGAAGAACUUGAGCAGAGAGACCAGCAGUUAAGAGAUUCAAAGAUAGAAAGAAAUAUACUGAUUCAACAGAAAAAGUCAUUGGAAAAUGAAGUGGAAGAACUAAAGACUGUUGUUGAAAAAAGUGAACAACAGCAUUGGAAUGAAGUAAGUGAGCUAGAAGAUCGUCUUAAUGCUACAGAAAAAGCAAUGGAAGAAGAAAAAGAGAAUUUGAUGCAUGAGUUGUCACGCGGAAAGGCAGCUGCUAUUAGUUUAAUGAAAGAAGAGCUGGGAAAGAAGGUAUCUACUGUGGAAGAAGAAUGGUUGAAAAAAAUUGAGAAUCUCAAAGCAUAUUACAACAAAACUCUUGAAAAAAAGGAUGAUGAGGUUAAAAAAAUAGUGGAAAAGAAAGACUCAGAAUUUCGAAAGGAGCUUGAAGAAAGAACAGAACAGAUGAAACUAGCUCUUGAAGAGAGAGAUCUUCAAAAAAUGGCAGCAGUAAGUAAAAUGGACAGCCAGAAAGAUAAACUUCUUGAAGAGGUAGAAGAGAUGAAAACUAAAAAAAUGGAACUAGAUAGUCAAGUUACCUCACUGCAGGACCAACUUAAAGAGCAGGCCAAAUGUUACCAGAGAGAGCUAGAAAAAAUCAAACAAAGUCACCUGGAGUGUAUUGCUAUUCUUAAGCUUGGAGAUAACCAGCAGACAGUACUUAAAGAAAAAUUAGGUAGAAAUGAAGAAAAAAGGGAUAUCCCUAAAACUCAGGUGGCUGGUGAAGAUUCUACUGGUAAUGUAGAAGAAACCUAUAAAAAUGCACAUUAUAUACAGCAGGUGUAUUCUCUCCAAGACAGCUGUAUACAAAGGGAUUCUAAAGUUGAAAAUUUAAAAAGUUUGGAGAAAGAAAUUCAUGAUAGUAAUGAAAAAGAACCAGAUGCUCAGCAGACAUAUUCAGAUCUUCAGAAUGAACUCGUAAAAGCCCAAGGCUUUCUUCAAAAAGCUUUAGCAGAACGAGAUAAUGUGAUUCAAAAAUUAGAAUUGAUAAAUCAGCAGUUAAAUAAUAUAUCCCAAGAAAAGUAUGGACUGCAAAAACUUUGUGGUGAUAAAUCAUCCAGCCUUAGUUCACUAAACUAUAAUCAUGAAGCAUUUCAACAAGAGAAGGUUGAAUUAAUCCAACACUUAAACAUUGUACAAGAGCAGACUACUUUUCAUAGUGAAAUGGCUUUCAACAUAAAAGAAUAUAAAAAUGAAGUAGUUGAACUUAGAAACAUGCUGAAACAUUCUGAAGAUGAAAAAGGGUCUCUUGUAGAAAAACUAGUUUCUCUGAAGAAAGAAUUAGAUGUAGUUAAGGAAGACAUGAAAGAUAAACAUUAUUUUGAAGUAAAAUGCAAUGAGUUGUCAGAAGAAAAGAAUAAAUGUGUAUCAGAAUUAGAAAGGAUAUCUGAAACUCAGAAAAGCUUGAUAACUGAGAAAGAGACUGUAGAAACAAAGCUUAAAAUGGCAGAGGAAAACUUAAAUAAUGUACAGACCACAUUGCACCAGCUGUCUAUAGAGAAAGUAAAUUAUGAAGAAAAAAGCCAGGCUCUGCAACAGGAAUUGAACUUAGCUUUUCAAGAGAAGGAAACCAUGAGCAAUUACAUUGAAAAUUUAAAGACAUCACUUCAGGAAGUUGAGACUGUUUUAAAAAAAGAAAAAAUUAUAAAGUACUUAAAGUUCAAAUGCUCAGGAAUCAAAAAAAAAAUUCAGGACAGUUAUGAAAAAACAUUGCAUGCAGUUAUGGAGGAAUGGACUCAAAGAAUAGACAAAAUGAAUAAUGAGAAUGAGAAGAAUAUCAAUAGUGUAACUCAGCAGUGGAAAACAUGUAUUGAAGAAUAUGAGAAUAAAAUUAGAGAAGUAGAAAUUUCCAGUGGUGAGCUUAAAGUUCGAGUAACAAAUCUAUGUCAAGAGCUCCAAACUACAAAAGAUGAAGCUGAAAUAAAAUUUAUAGAAUUUUAUAGGCAGCUUUUACAUUAUACCUUGGAAGAUCCUAUUCAGAUAAUAACAAAUCCAGUAUUAAACCAGUUAGGUUCAGGUAAAUUGAAUUACAAAGAAAAGUUAGAUCUAAUCACAGAAGGUAUCAGUAUUCUAAUGGAAGAUCUCUAUUGUAAAAAAGAUGUGUUUGUACUUCAAGAUUCUUUGUCAUCUCUUAACUUGAAAAUUGAGGAAUUCCAAAAAAAAAUAGAAUCUCAAGAAGAUAAAAUCAAAAUACUCAAGGAUGAAAAAAGUAUUUUGGAAGACAAGCUAAAAAGCAAUGAAAUUCAAUGGAAGGAACAUGAACAAUCCCUGAAUGAGACUUUGAAUACAAAGUUAAAAGAUAUGGAAAAGCAAGCAGCAGAAACAGUUGAAACUCUUAAAACUGACCUCACACAAGCACUAGAAAACAUUAAAGUGCAAGAAAUAGAAUUUAAAACUAAGAUGAAGGAACAAACUGACAAGCAUUGCAGAGAAAAAGAAAACUUAAAAUUGAUUAUUGAAAGGCUUACAGAUGAAACAAAUAGCUUAAAAAAAGAUGCGAAAGAAGAAGUGGUCAGGCUAAAUGCUGAAAUCAGUGAUAUGAAGUUUCAGCUUGAAACCUCUAAGAAAAUUAUUGAGGAAUGUCAUAUAGAGUUGGCUAAAUUGGAUGAAGAAAAAACAUUGACUGUGCAAAAUCUUAAUGAAGAAUGGAAUAAAAAAAUUAAAGAAUCAGUUGAAUCCUUUCAAAUAAUAAACCAUCAAUUUGAAGAAUCCAAUAAACAAAUGCAAGAUAAUAUCAGUAUGAAAGAAAAAGAGCUUGAAAACUUGAGAAAGAAGUAUGAAAAUCAACAGAAGAAGGCAAAUAAUGAUUUGGAUUAUCUUCAGAUGCAAAUCAAAGACCAUGAAAAUCAGAAUUGUUAUAUGAAAGAAAUCCACAAAAAAGAAUUAGAAGCUCAAGAAGCAAAACACAAAACAGAAAUUGAAAAUUUGGAAAAAAAAUUAAAUGAGUUCAUUAACCUUUCUGCAGAAUUAGAAAAUCUGCAACAUAAUUUGACAGAUGCGGAAAAAUGUAUGGAAGAAUCAAAAGCAACACACCAGUCAGAGCUUGAUGAAUUACAACAGCAUUUACAAAGUAAGUUAGAUGAAAAAACAACAGUGAUUCAAAGAAAAGAAGAACUAUUAAAAGAUCUUGAAAAAAAUCUGAAUCACCAGAAGAGACAGAAUUAUCUUUUUCAAGCUAAGAUUUCAGAACUUAAUAAAUUACUUGUAUUUAAAGAUCAAGAGAUUGAAAAGUUUUCCUCCUUUAAAUCCAAAUAUGAAUUAAUUCAGAAAGAGUAUAGUGAAGCAAGACUUGCCAUGAAUGCUAAAGAAGAUGUCUAUGCUUCUAAAUGUGAUGAAUUGCAAGAACUUGUUGUGUCUGUAAACCAGAAAGAUAGUGAAUUGAAAUUACUAACAGAUCAAUGUGAAAAGCUGAAGGAAAAUUUAAAAAUGUCAGUUCAUAAUGAACAAGUGCUACAGGAAAAAUUACAAGACCUCAAAAGUCAGUCUAAUGAUUACAAAGAUACUGUUUCUAAACUUCAAAGAGAAAUUGAAUCUAGUCAUUCAAUGUCAAUACAUUCUUUAACUGAAAAAGAGGCUGUGAUAAUUGAUUUUAAGAAUAAGUUGUCAACAGUAACAGCAAAUUAUGAAACUUUGCAAAAGAGAUUUAAGAAUCUAGAAGAAGAACUUCAGGAAGUGCAUAAAACACUAGAUGUUGAAAUACAAGAAAAAGACGUAGCAUUGAAAAAUAUCCAGAAAAUAAAAGAAGAAAAGAAAGAAAUGGAGGAAGAAUUCACUAAAAUGACUGAGGUCAACCAGAUGAAACUAACUGAGCUAAAGAAGAAAGCAGAAGUUAAGUUAGCUCAAAUAAAGAGGCAACUGCAGUCUGAGAAAGAGAAUAGUGAAGAAGAAUAUCAGAAAAAAUUUUCUGCAGCAGAAACUCUUUAUAAGAAAGAACUCCACAAGCUGGAAGAGAUAAUCAAUGAACUAAUGAUUGAGAAAGAAUCAAUAGAAAAUAGCUUACAAGAACAAAUUCUGAAGUCGUGUGGAGUUGCUGACCUUGAAGAAAGACUUGCCUAUUUAGAGGAGGAAAAAGGACAGUUGGAAGAGAAAUUAAAAGAAGAAUGUUUAAAGAAUAAUGAAUACUGUCAACUUUAUAAAAAACUAGAGAAAAAGAUUUCUGAGUUACAGUUCCAAAAAGAGGAAGAAGGUAAGGAUUGGCAAAUCAAAAGUAUUGAAUCUGAAAAAAAUUUUAAGGAAAAACUGGCUGAAAAAGAUGAUAGAUUUAAUGAACUACUGAUAAAAUAUAAUAAACUUCAGUCCAGUCAUCAAGAAUCUUUAUCAGCCUGUGAAUUACAAUAUUCUGAGAUUUUGAAAGAACUGAAAAAAGAUAUUGAACAGGAAAGGAGGAAAACUGAGGAGGAGCUAAAAACCCAUAAUGAACAAGUGGCAUUGCUGGAAGGAAAUCACCAAAAAGAAAAGGCUGAGUUGAUUUCACAGAUUGAAAACUUAACAAGAAUGUUAGAGAAAUAUAAAGAAGAAAAAGGAAAUAAUUCAUUGGACCAACUUAAACAAGUAAAGAAUGAAGAAGGUUUUGAAAAACUUUUAUCUGUAGAAACAUAUGACCAAGAUCUUGGAAAUAUGAUCUCAAAGUUAAAGAAAGAAAAAGAAGAGGCAAAUGAGAAAAUUGCUUUUAUGGAAUUGGAACAUCAUAAAAAGCUGGAGGAACUAGAAGAACAACACAGAUCAGCUUUAUCCAACAUGGAAAAUGAACUUCAACUAAGGAAUAGUCAGUUAGAUGAGAGCUUGAUUCUUGCAGAAGCUAAUCAGGCAACAAUCUCCCAAAACCUAGAAAAAGCUGAGUCUGAACUUCAGUUACUACAACAUCAAAUGGGAUUACUGAAGGAGGAAAAUACCAGACUUUCCUUGGAAGUAGAGUUAAAUGGAUCUACAUUGGAAUUCACAAAAUACCAACAAAAAGAAAAAAGCAGAAGAGGCAAAAAACUUGAAUUUAAAGAACAAGAAAAUAUGAUGCAUAUGAAAGAAGAAAAUAAAAAGCUCAAAUCAGAGUUGGAAACAUUAAAAGAGGAAAUGUCCAUCUUUCAUAAAUUAGACAAUGCUCAAACAUUAGAGAUCAAUGAAAUAAGAAAAGAAUUCCAGCAAAAAUUGUCAGAAAAAGAUAAUGAGUUAAAAAGUAAAUUAAAACAGGUGAUUCAAGAUUUUUCAGGACAAAUUGAGACAAAAGAAGCUGAGUAUGAGGGAUUACUGAAAGAAACUAUUGAAAAAGGGCAGCACCAAGAAGACAAAGUGUCUUGGGAACAUCGACAAGAGAUGGCAACAUUAGAGGAAGAGCUCAAUGAAAAAAUUUCAGCCAUUGAAGAGGUCCAUGAACAUUAUCAUGAACUUUUACAGUUAAAAGAGGAAGAACUUCAGCAGCUCAGGCAACAACUGCAGUUACAAACAGAAACUGAAGUGGAACCACAGUUACCACACAAAGAAGGAUCUGGAUGGGAUGAAGAAUGGGUAGAAGUAGAUGAGGACUCUAGUCAGGAAUCUUUUAAGAUGCCAGCUUCUCCAGUUUCAUCAAGUAAGGAGCAGGUGGAAGGGAAUUAUAGUAAUUACAGCAGACAAGUAGAAGUUCAGUCAACACCCGCUAGAGACAAGAAUAAAGUUGUUGAACUGAGUCAGCUGAUGACAUAUAGACCUUCCUCAUCAACUGGAAACAACAUAUCUCAGACUUCAUUAAAUCUACCUGAACCUACAGAAUAUGAGUACUUAAGAAAUAUUCUCUUUGAAUAUAUGAUGGGGAAAGAGCCAGUGACUUUGGCUAAAGUAAUAUCUGCUGUACUGCGAUUUAGUGAAGACCAAACUCAGCAGAUACUAACUAGAGAAGAAGCUCGUCAGUCAAUGAAGUAACCCAGCUCUUCAAGUUCCUGCCCUUUGUAAAGAGUGCUACAGCCAUUGGAAGACAUCUUGGUUGACAUCUCCUUGAUAAAAGGAAGAACAGGAAGAUGUAAUAAGGCUGUAUGAAAAAGUCCUUUAUGUAUAGUGUAAAAUAAAAGUAGCUAUAAAUGGGUAUUUUACCAUGUCAAAAAAUAUAUUCAUGGGAGUUUCUGAAAUAAUCGAAUUUAAAGGGUGAUGUCAAAUUUGAGACAUACGUAUAUAUAUAUAUAUAUAUAUAUAUAUAUCUGUAAUUUGAACUUUGGUGGUAUCAAGAGAUGAAAAUGUAUUGUGUAUUUGAAAUGAUUUUUAGAUUUUUAACACGAAUCAGAAAAAAUGGUUCAUCUUUGGAGUAAUUUGGUUUUACUGGAUGAAAUGUGGUUUUGACAUGGUACUUCUGAGCAGUAGAAAAUGGGUAAACCUUAUUUAAAGGAACAUUCCUAUGGGAUUUGCAUUUUUUUCUUGAAUAACACAAGUAAAGUGUGAUACUUUCAUCAAGGUGUAUAAUCAUUUCACUUGUUUGGGUUCACUUUAUAUCAGUUUAUUUGAAGAAAGUUUAAAAACAUUUAGAAUGUUUCAUAAAGUAGUUUCAAGAGUUUGAAGCCAUGGAUAUUUUACACACAAAAAUUUUUAAAAACUGUCACUUCAAUUAUCUAUUUUUCUUUUGCAGAUAAUAAUUUUUGCUAACAUUGAACUACAUUUUUCAAGAAAUAUAUUUAGAACUUUAAAAAAUUUUAAAAGCCAAAACUGAACAUAUAAUCUUUUGAGUUAAACACCAUUUUCUGUUUUCAUAGUUCAAGCUCAGGUGAACAUUGCUGUUACAAAUUGUACAGAUCAUAUUCUUAUAUUGCAUGAUUUAUAUAGGUAGACAUUAAUUAUUUCUAUGAAAAUGUAAAAUAAUUAUUUUAACUGGCUUAAUAAUAAUGCAUUAUUAGAAGAAUGAAAUUAGUUAUGAUCUCCAGAAAAUGAUGCCAGUCCUUUCAUGUUUCACUUGUGUAAAAAUAAAUGAUUAUUUUGCAAAUAAAACUAUGAAGUGUUUUGUGGUGUAAUCUAUCAAGAAAAUAGUAAAGAGCAAUAUCUCAAUGUUUUAGAUAGCAGAAUACCUUAGCUGGCAGAACAUGGCAUAUAAUUAGAAUAUGUGUGAGUUGCUGCAUCAAGAUAAAAUUGAUUAUAUUAUUCUUUACUGGCCUGUUGUAUGUAUCCAGUAAAAAAAUAAUUUCAGUUGUAUUUUUGUUUUAUGUUGCUGCUGAUGAGAUCUUUUGCUCAAUAUCAGAUUUCAUCAAGCUAGCUGAGUUACUAAAUCAUAGUUGAAAUGCUAUUUUUCAUUAAUCCUUUAUAAGACAAAAAGUCUUAAUGGAUGUUAGAGCCAUUUAAUUGAAAAAUUAUCUAAAACAGACCAUUGUUUUUGUUAACUGUGUUUUUCAUUAUGAGUUAAUAAAAAAUGAUGUGAUUGAAAUAAUGAUCAGGCCUAGAUUUUAUGGUUGAGCAGAUGGCAUUAUGAACAGUUAUAAGAAAUAUAUAGAUGUCAAGAAAGAUAAUAAAACUUACCAGCUGCUGGGGCCUACUUUCUCAUUCCAUUUUUUUUAUAAAUCAAGUUUAAGAUUGCAAUAAAAAGGGAAAGAUUAAUUCUAACUGAAUCUGUUUGUGACAAAUGCAUUGCUUAGUUAUCCUGCUCAGAAAUGCAUUUGGAAACCAUGGUUUCAUUAAAAAGUGAUUAGUUCUUCAAAACAGUUGAAGAAAAGAAAUGUUCUAAAUAGAAUGAAAAAGGAGAACUACUACUUUAAUGAAAUUUAAAUUAGCCAUGUAUCUGGAGUUCAUCAAGUUUCUUCAUAAUGGGGGGUAUUAUUUGUGAAAUGACAAUUAACUCACCAAACAACUGUAAAGAAUAUCUCAUCAACCUAGAAAGUUCAUUCUGAUAAAGCCAAGAGCUAAUGUAAUUUUUUUUACAGAAUGUAAAGAAAAGCUGAAAAGUAUUUCAAAUGUAGAAGUGUGGGUCAAUUUUCUCUAAACUGCAAACAGCAACAUUGCAGUAAGGGAUAUCAUCUAUGUCAAAGACAGUCAAGUUGAAUUUAUCAUGACUGAGGUGAAUGGUAGGUAAUAUCUUCAUAACUCUAAAUAAAAGAAAGAUGACAAGAACAUGAUCUGACUGGAGUAGAAAAGUGAGAAAGGAGGGAGAAUGUUGAUGAAACCUAGGUUAAGAGUACUUUAGGAGUUAAAGGUAAAUUUGAAUGAAUAGAACUGCCCUAUUUUCAAUAAGAAAUUUGUUUCUUAAGAAAAUUGCCCAAGAGUUAGUAGAACCAUGCAAAUAAUGUCUUGUGACAUGCUAGUUUAUACUGCAUUCACAGCCACUGUGAUUUGAUGAAGACUACAAGUGAUGGCAAAGAAAUAACAGAAUAUAUCAUUGCCAUUGGGAUGGUAUUAAUUCAACAUGGUAUUUUGGUUAUAGACAUAGUAGACGGUGCAUCUUUGGAGUAUACUUCAAGAGGAGUUGUGUUUAAAUUAUUGUCAACAAAAUAAUAAUGAUAAAUGUCACACCUGAAAAUAAACUUGAAACUACUAGUCAAACAGGUUUUAACCUUCCUGGAAGUAUACUCUCAAGAUGUAGAUGUAAUGGUCAAGAUUUUGUUGAACUGAAAGAGUAUCAAGUUCUUGUAAGGCUUGCAAAUAUCAUCCAAUUGAAAAAGUUACAAAGUAUGAAUAGAAAACUUGUUACACUAAGAGAUUGAUGAUUAUAAAAGAGGAAAUGCAAAAAGAUAUUUCAAGUGGGCUAGAGCUAAAUUUUAAAUUAAGUGUAAGGUUUGUAUAAAAUUAACAUUAGCAUAUUGAAGCAAAUUGUAUGUCUUGUAUUAUUUUGUGAUUGAAAUCUAUAUAUAAAUAAGACUUUACUUUUCUCUGAAAAUUGGUAAAAGUUCUGUUUAAUUAAAAUAUAAGCGAUUGAUGUGUGGACUUUACUAUGAUGAUUUCAGGCUUGAGACAUAAACAGUCAUAAACAUCCUUAGAUUAAUAGAUUUUGUGUUUCCUUUGUUAAAUGUGUCCUUCUGUCACAAAGUUAUUCAUCAUGGUUGAAUCUUUAGGUGGUGGUGGUUGCGGGAACACAUGGGUGACUGUAUGCUUAUCUGUUUAUUGUUUUCCAUGUGAUCUGGUGAGAUAUAUUGAUGUUAUGGAAUAUAUAUUAAAUUUUAGAGGAAAGAAUAAUACAUACAUACAUAUAAAAACAAUUAUGGUAUGUUUGUUUCAUGAAAUUAUGUUAUUCAAUGUACUUAUUUCAUACACACAUGAAUAUUGCACUACAUGUGGGUCAUUGUAUCAGUUUUUUCUUUUUUAUGAUUAUUAUUUUAGAAAGAACUUGCAAUUGGAAUCAGAAUGUAAAUUUCAUGGUCUUCACACACACAUCAUGAACUCAUUUUCAUGCUUCCUGUUUUGCUUAUAUGUAGUAUCAGACUGGACUGGGGAACUAGGGGGGAAUUCCCUCUGGGCUCCCUUCAAAAAAUGGGAAAUUUUAUUAUUCUGAUAUAUUUUAGUAAAAUGGGAUAAAAGGCCUUCAGUAACUUGGAUAUCUAAUAAAUUUUGUUUUUAAAUUUUUGAUUUCAUGAUACGGUAUCAUUAUUCUAAAAAAAUAAAUUAUAAACUUUUUUGUUUGGUCUACUUUCUGUGUAGUGUAUGCUCAAUUGUGAAUAAUAACUUUUGACAGUGUGUGGUUUUACUCUGUACUAAAGUUCAGUGACUGUGAGAUUAAGAAAAUUUAGCCAUAUUUAGGUAUUUUUAAAAGAGGCCUUUGCCAUUUGACUGUGCAGAUAUGCAACAUAGCAACAGUAAAUGCACAACGUUAUUUUGUUUAUGACUUUAAGUGACAAUGACAUGAGUAUUGUAAGUCCUGAAUUCUGGGUCGUGAAAGUCAAGUACGGUCAACGAAUGCCAGAAGGUCAGAGACAGUGAGAUGGAUAAUCACACAGUAAACUGAUCUUCAGUUGUAGUUUCUGUUAACAGAUCUACUUAUUAUCAUGGUGACUGGUGAGUGAUUCACAAUAUUUAAAGUUUAUAUACACUAGUAGAUCUAUUAUUUUGGAUUAUGGGAUCAUUAUGCCCUGACUAAAGUGUUAUGGUUGCAUUAAUUAAAACUUAAUUUUUAUAUUAUAUAAGAUCCUCUAAACAAGCCUGAAGUGUACAAGUAAAAAGUAUCUCUCACUGUAUUUUGAUUUAAUUAAUAAUAAUUUACACAUUUAGGUUUGGUAUUUAGGCCUAAUAGGCAGUAUGAUAAUAAACUGGGCCCCAGUGGCCAAAGGUAUGUAUGGCAUAUGAUAGAAACAGACCAUAAUCUCAAACAGAGUUUUCUAUGAUAAAUUGUUUAUUUAAUAAAUAACAUAGUUACACAUGCUCAAAAGAAGACAGUGGGCGGAUAACAUUGUAAAUAAUAAUGUUGAAAGAGGAUGUGACAUUACAUUGUAUGUACUAGUGAGUUUUUGUUGCAAAACAGUACAAGACUUUAAUACAUAAACUUAAUAUUAACAUUCCUAGAUAAGGCUAUAUUCAAGGGCCUGGGUUAGGUCUAUAUAGCCUAAGCCCAGGGCCUAUAUAUCUAUACAGAGCAUAUGAUAAAAACUGGCAUAGGCCUAGAGGUUCAAGGGUGAACACUGAAAAGUAAUAAGUUUGUGUUAUAUAUAAAGUAUUAAAAGCCUAUAUUAAAUUGAAAAGUCUAAUUUAAAAAUAUAAUUUUCACAGCCUAUAUAAAAAAUGAGUUGAUAACAUAAUAAUAGGCUUGUAUUAGUAAGAUCUACUGGUUUAUAGUCCUUACUGAACAUGGAUUCAAAUCCCAUAUCAAAAGGCUUUUUGUAGCUUUCUAAAGUAAAGUGGCCAAAACUCCUGCUGAAUAUCAGUAAUCAUUUGUUCUAAAGUUCAUUAUUAUAGCCCUAAAUAUUGACUAAAAUAUACAUUAUUUUUAGUUAUUGUGCUUGCCACAUGAUGGAUUGGAAUAAACCAAAAUCUGGAGCAGAAAAGAAGAGAUAAAAGGAAACUAAACCUAAAGCCGGCUGGUAGGGAUACGGAUACGAAGCAAAUGAAGUUACCAUUCAAACCUUCUUCAAAUACACCUGAAGGAACAUUUGAUCUUGCUUUUGCUGCUCCAAGUGCUGAAAUGCAAGAAAAAGAGGUAUUGCCACAUAAAGAAGUGUCAUAAGAGAAAAUCACAAGAAAAAGAGAUAGACAAGGAUCAAGAGCCAGAGGAUGAAUCACGAGCAAAAUUCGUUGCUCCACACCAAAAAGCAUCAUUAUCUGAAAAAGUAAUGUUUAUUAAACAACAUCCUAUUAAACCUACUUGUGUUAUGAAGUGUGAUGAACAUUGAAUAUAUAACAGGAAAUUGCCAGAUGAAAAUCUGCUCACAUGUCAGUGGCUGUCUUAUUCUUCUAAGUUGGAAAAAAUGUUUUACAAUGUAUGUAUGGUAUUUUCAACAGAUAGAGAAUGUCCAUUUAUCUCUGGUUUCAUGUGUGAUAAGUGACAUUUGUUUGAUCAUCUUGAAAGGCAUGAAAAGAGUAAAGCUCAUGAGACUGCCAGUAAUAUGUUUUUGACUGCAGAUCAAAAGUGUACAGUAGAAGACUUGAUCAAUAAGGAAAGGGAAUCCGAAAAGCAAAGAAGAUGACAGGUGCUAGAAAGACUAAUAGAUAUAAUUUUUUUCAUUAAUCACCAAGGAAUACCAUACCAAGGAAAGGUGGAAUCUGCUUGGAGUUUGGUAUCAGAUGAUUUGGACUCAGAGAACAGUAAUUGAGGAUAUGUUUUAGCAUUUGUGUUAUUGAUCAGCAAGUAUGACCCCCUACUUAGAUGUCACCUGGAAGAUUCAAUACAGCAAAGUAAAACACUGAAGGAGAAAAAAAUAGGAAACUCUAAGGGCAAAGGAUCUCUCUUCACCUUACUGUCUGAAACAACCAUCAACAAGCUAAUCAGGAUUAUUGGAAAAGUUAUUAAGAAAACUGUAGUGAAAGAAAUGGCUUACUGUGGUAAAUAUGGAAAUGAAAUAAUGUGUUUACAAUAUGUAAUGUUUGGAGUAGUUACUGAAAGGUUGAUUAGUAUGUGUAAGGUUUCAUCAUCCACAGGUAAUGUUUUAUACAAGACUGUCACUGAAGAACUGUUUUCACUUGGCUUGGACCCAAAAGAUAUUAUAGGACAAUCUUAUGAUGGAGCAGCUAACAUGUCUGGAAAAUAUUUUGGCAUGCAAUCCCAAAUCAAGAAUGAUGCUCCAGAUUCACUAUUUAUACACUGUUAUGCACACUGCUUUAAUCCACUAAUGACAGACUCAACAACUUGUUGUCCAGAAUCAGAUAACUGUUAUGGAGUUGUAGUAGCAACAGCAAUAUUCUUGAGAGAUUCCAAUAAAUGGAUGAAUGUGUAGAAAGUUCUUGCAGAGGAUAAUGGCCAAGAUGUUCAUAAGUUAAAAACAGUUGUGGAGACAAGAUGGACAAGUAAGGAUCAGGCACUGGAAGCUAUAAUUGGAUCGUUUGGAGCCUUAGAACCUGAAUGCCUGGUGCUGUUAAUCCAUGUGCUUCAUCACAUUGCCACUUCCAAAGAGUUUGUCCCCAACAUAGCAUAUAAAGCCAGUACCUUGCAAGACAACUGGAUGAGUCUUAAGAAUCUACUGGUUGCUGUUGUGUACUCAUGAAUCUUCCAAGUGUGCACAUUAGUUUCAAAGUAUUUACAAACAAAUGGUUUGGACAUGUUAUUAGCUCUAAAAAUGAUUUAGAGAACAGAAAGGAAGGAAAGGCAUGAAUGAGCAGAAGAUGAAAUGCGACAAGUUUUACAAUGCCCAUUCAAGUGAUUUCACGUAACUGUCUGUGAUGUCAUUCUGGACACAGCAACCUUGUCAGUUAGGCAAAAGAAGAUAUGCUAAGAGCCAUUGUAUAUCUUGACCCACAAAAUUUUUCCAUGAAUUAGCAGAAGAGAGAAUGCAUGCAUUGAUGAAUUUGGUAAAUGUGAACAGAAUCCAGCUUUGUGAAGAACUUUGUGCAUUUUUUCAACAUUUCAAAGGCAUUUUGGUGUGAGAAAAUCCAACAGAUGUUGAGGUGUCGAAUACAAAUGUUGAUCCCAGCCCAAUGGAAGAAGUGAUUUAUACUAGUGACUCGUGCAACAAGUGUCUGCCGUGUGUUUUUCAGCUCCUGCACAGAUACAAUCAGUGUUGUAGCUCUUUUCUAACUUGUACAUAGCAUACAAAAUAAUUUUUUGCUUACCUUGCACACAGGUAAAAUGCAAAAGUUUUUCAAAGUUGUAAAUUGUGAAAAAUAGACUGAGGAACAUGCUUGGACAAGAAAACCUGGAUUCGCUGUUGUUGGUUAAUAUUGAGCGAGAUAUGCAUAUGCCAACUGGUGUUGUGAUACAGAGGAUUGUUAAUUCUUCUUGACAUUUAGCAAAAUUACCUGCUGUAACUGGACUGUGGACACAGUAGUGUACUAGUGUUUAGUAGAUAUUUCAGUAUGCAGUACAGACCCCAGAGGCUAGAGCACACUGUAUUUUAGUUUUAGAUAGCCUACAUAUACAUACAGUAAUAAUUAUAAAGUUCAAUCCCAGUUUUUAUCCUAGUCCAACACUACUUAUAUGAAAGAAAAUGGUCUAAACUUUUGACUACUUGAGCCUUCAGAAAGACGAAUUUCUUGACAAAGUAGUAAGUACACAGAGUGAGUUUUUUUUUGGUUGAGAUGAUAGGCUAACAGAUGUUUAAAAAAGCCCUAAAAUGAUUGGUUUAGGGUCCUAUAUUGGUUGUUUUGAACUUUUUAAUUGUUUUGUAGAGUACAGCAGUGUUGUCUUAUUUCAGAAUGAAUGAAAUAUUUGAUAGUUUGUAGCUCAAAGCAAACGGUAUAUGUUCACUUUAAAUGGCUUUCUUUAUUAUAACUAAAAUGACUUGUAUUGAUUAAUUUUCUUUUACUAAUUUUGUUUUGUGCUAAUUUAACAAGAAUAAUACAUACAUAUUUAUUAAAUCCUUUAAAAUAUUUAAUUUUAAAGUUGUUCACUUAUAACAAAUCAGGGAAGCCCCUUAGAUACAAAGCAGAAAAAAUGUAUCAAAAAAUGUUAAUUUCUCAUCACACAAAAUUUGUGUUUCUGACUUAGGAAGAACAAAUAACCAAAAUCAAAGGAACAUAUACACUAUAAAAUGACUGUUCUUGUGUGUGUGUGUGUGUAUGUAAAGAAUGUAUGUUAAAGUUGCAGUUGCAUUAUGUAAGUAUUUCUAAUUUGUUCUUUUGUUAUCUCAAUCCUGUAAAAUUUUUUGUAAUAACAUUUUUGAAUUAUCUUUGUUUGUAGGUAAUUAAUUGCAAGUUACAGUAAUCACUACAGCUUUUGCAUGCAGUUAUAUGGAAUGUAGGUCUUCCAUCAAAAUUUCGUGAUCAAGAAUACAGCCAACAACGACACUUCCAACAGCCUUGCAGACCAAUCAACCGAAGUACUGUUACAACAGCGGAAGUCAUGCGACGCUGGGAGCAUGCACGCUGAAGUUUCUAGAAGGAUCAUGACUUAUGGAGGAACCUCGCGAAUGUCCGAUUGUUUGUCAGGUGCCCUCUUUUUUU